UCGUACACGUCCCGCACGUCGUUAUACAUAUGAUAGAAAUCAUCAUCAUAACAUAAUACUAUUAUACACCGUAAUGGAUAUCAACCAAAUAUCGGAGAAACAGACGCGUAGACGCAGCCGGACUGUCAGCUGGGACCAUUCGGUCAGAGCGGAUGGCGAACCGUUGACUUACAGGACGACGGUGGACAGAGGUGUUCUAUUCCCGCAGGGGAUAACGUCACAGGGUCCACGUGAUUCGUCGACAGUAGAAUUGUUUUUUGACGACGACAUGAGUAUUAGCAGAGGACAUUCGGUAGAAAAGGUUCGGUUUUCAGCCAGCCGGGCACAUUCAGAUGAAAACGAUGAGGAUUAUUCAGCUAGUGUAAAUGCGAUACUCCAUAAGCGGCUUAGCGUUAGGAAAGGCAAACACCUUAAGCAAAGAAGAUCAUCUUCUCCCGUGUCUUCAAUGCUAGCCGAUGACGCUAGUUUAAUAUCAGAUCGAAGGAGAUCGUCAGCAUUUACAACCAGUUCUGGAGAUACGGCGAUUAACAUCGAAGAUGCUGGUAUCUCUCAAGAGCAGAUACUUGAAAACAUUCGUUUACACAAAGAGGUAUUAGGCAGUGUCCGUCAACAACCGUGGUCCAUACGGAGGAAGAUGAAAUUGGUUCAGCAAGCCAAAGAGUAUGUUAAGAAACACGAGGGUCAGCUACAAGAACGUUUGGCAAUGAGUAAAAGUACGAGAGAUAUCAUGGCGCGGUUUCACAUAGUCUUAGUUAAACAAUGGCAGCACAGUAAACGGGAGAUGGCCAAUUUCAUAAGUCAAAUAAUACCAUGGGAACUAACGAUCAAAGAAAUUGAAUCUCAAUUCGGCACGGUAGUCGCUUCAUACUUCACUUUCCUGCGCUGGUUGUUCUGGGUGAACUUUGUCAUAUCUGUGUUGUUAGCAGCUUUUGUCGUCAUACCCGAAAUUUUGAUGACCAAUAAGGUGGAUACCGGAGAACGAAAGACACUGUUGCCCGAAGAGCAAGAUACUUCUAAGGAAUUAAUGACUUUGUUGAAUUUUGAAGGAGUUCUACAGCAUUCACCCAUAUUUUACGGCUACUAUUCAAAUCGACAAAGUUCGGAUACCGGAUACCAGCUACCCACAGCCUACUUUAUCACAGGGCUCGUUGUUUACAUUUACAGUUUCGUGGCUACGCUCAGAAAAAUGGCCGCAAACUCUCGUCUGAGCAAACUAUCUGAAAAAGACGACGAGUGCAUUUUUACGUGGAAACUAUUCACCGGGUGGGAUUACAUGAUCGGAAACGAAGAAACUGCUCAUAAUCGUAUAUCGUCCAUUAUACUCGGUUUUAAAGAAGCGUUGCUUGAAGAAGCUGAAAGAAUGAAAGACAAACAAAAUUGGAAAGUGAUGGGUCUGAGAAUAUUUGCAAAUUUGAAUAUGAUAUGGAUGUUGGGAAGUUCGGUUUAUGCUGUCAUUUUCGUAGUAGAAAGGUCUACAGACCAAAAUAUUGAAUCCGAUUUUUGGAGAAAAUAUGAAAUCACAUUUGUCAUGACGCUUAUUGGCACGUUCUUUCCGAUUGCGUUUGAAGUGUUGGGCGUGUUGGAGAGUUAUCACCCCAGGACAACUCUUCGUGUACAAUUAGCUAGGAUUAUGGCGCUGAACUUGUUAAAUCUUUACACACUGACGUUUGCGUUAUUUGUGAAAAUCAACGACAUGACCAAGGAGCUGUUGGAGUUGAAAGAUAAUGUAUCUAAUAUUACAGCCACUGCGGCUACCAAGGCUACCACAGCCACCAUGGCCACUACGGCUACCGCGACCACCAUAGCCACUGCGGCCACCAUGGCGACCACGACAUCUUUGUUGAAAACGACUUCGACUACAUCGGUAUUGGUAGCAUUAGCAUUCAUGAAUUCUACUAUGUCGAACACGACAAAAUCUCAAUUGCCAGUCACCCGUACUAUCGAUACACAACCGAAUUGCUUCCGACAGCAAGUAGAAUGUCCGUUCUCCUGGUCAGCUGUCCGGUACGUUCCAACCGACGCGAAUCCACCGAAAUUGGACGAAAGCGUUCCUUCACCGAUUGCGCCACUGGAAUUCGGCACGACUGAGACCGAUUUUUCGACGGUAGUAGAUUUAACUCCCGGUACGAACUUAGGUCCUAUUACAGAUGUUUUCGGUGCAAAUCGAAAUGAUGACGCCGGGUGGACUGAAAGUACGGCUGAAGCGACUUUCAACACCAUUAAUGAUUUACAAAUAACUGCUGAAGUCGUAUACGACACAUCUUCGUCUGAAAAUACCGCCACCACCUCUCAGUUCGAUGUCACUUAUACGCACAGUUAUGAUGAUAUGGUAGAGAAUUCGACUGUAGAUUUAGUUACAGAUGAACCGAUGACGGAGAAUUCAACCAUGGAUCCGGUUGAUGGUGGGUCAACAAUUAUGAAUCCGACGAAUGCUUCGUUAGACUUUUAUUCAACGGCUUUUCAAUCGAUAUCGAUUUCGACACAGAGUGUAAUCGGUGAAACGACACCGGAUGAGUCCGUUGAGUUGACGUCGAGUGUCGUUCCCGAAUCAACAACAAGUCUGGAUGCAGAAGUAUUGAUGAAGAACACGACGAUUGAUCAAUCGAUAAUCACUAUAGAUAAAGACGAUGAGCCAUAUAGUACGAUUGCGUCUGAUGAUCUGCAGUCGUGGAGGACGGACAAGAUAAUUGCGUUGUCUGAAAGGAGAAGAAUCGUAAAACGGAUGUCGGAAGUAAUUUUCAAUGGGACUCAUUGUUUUCAAGUAGUUUGUUCGUCUCCAUCACCAGUUACAAAUGUAACCGAGGUGCCAAAUGGUUUUCAAGGAUUUAGCAAGGAAUCGAGCAAAGCGUACACGACAACGACGGAACAUGACGAUGCGCCCAGAGAAGACUUAUCUCUUCGUACCACUUGUUUGAAUCUUCAAAUCAGGCGACGAUUGCGGAAGUUGUGUUGGGAGACAAUGUUUGGACAAGAGCUAGUUAAACUUACAGUCAUGGAUUUGGUGUCGACAAUCCUCUCAACGAUAUUCGUGGACUUUGCACGUGCUGUAUUCGUGCGGUACAUGAACCGGUGCUGGUGCUGGAACUUAGAGAAGCGGUUCCCACAGUAUGGCGAUUUCAAGAUCGCCGAGAAUAUAUUGCACCUGGUCAACAACCAGGGUAUGGUGUGGAUGGGUAUGUUCUUCUCUCCAGGGCUGCCCAUUAUAAACGUGGUCAAGUUGAUGAUUAUGAUGUACGUGCGAUCGUGGGCGGUGCUCACGUGUAACGUACCACACGACGUCGUGUUUCGGGCCAGCCGAAGCAACAACUUCUACCUGGGACUGCUACUCACAAUGCUAUUUUUGUGCGUGCUGCCGGUCGGUUACGCCAUCGUGUGGAUUGAACCGUCGUGGCACUGUGGACCGUUCUCGCAGUACAAAAAGAUCUAUCACAUCUUUACCAACUCGAUCAAGAAGGCGAUACCUAACCCGAUGGUGCAUCGGGUACUCGAUUACAUAGCGUCACCCGGUAUCGUUAUACCACUGUUGUUGCUCCUCAUUCUCAUCAUUUACUACUUGGCAUCGCUCACGUCAUCGCUCCGAGAAGCCAAUAACGACUUGAAAACGCAACUAAGACGCGAGCGGACCGAAGAACGACGAAAAAUGUUUCAGCUGGUAAAUAGGAAGAAAAACAGUAGUGGCGUUGAUGACGAUAACGAAGAUGAUUACGCGUGCAUGGAUACAACGUUGGCAAAGUGGAGACAUAUAAUGCCUAACAGUAAACUGCAAACAGACGUUCCGAGCUCCGUGUUUGAAAUCGCCGAGAAAAAGCUCACAGACAAUGAGGUGUUGGACAGAGUGCGUGAGAAACUCGUGCACAUAGAAGCAGAGGAUCAGCAGUCUGAAAACCAAAACCACCUUAGUCGAGAAAAUCAGCAGCAACAACAGCAAACGCAACCGCAACACAUCAAGCCUCAACGCAAUCAUCACCACCAUCAGCCACCGCUUUUACAACACCACCACCACCAUCAUCAUCAUCACCAGCAGCAUCUCUAUCACCACCUCCGUCGGCCGUCAAGGAGUGAAGAGCCGCGGGAUACAGCGGCGACGCUGCGUAAGUGGAAAAAGCCCAAAGUGGUCCGGCGUCAAUCAUCCGAGUCGGAGUCGUCGGAUCAGUCGGAAGCAGUACCGGAAAUCCGUGAACCAAUUCAACCUCAGGUCACCACUGCUUUGCAUAGUUCCGGGUUACAUCAUAGAACCACAACGGCUGAACUCCCGGUCAGCGGUGCUGUUGUUGAAGAAGGAGGUCCUGCGACCGCCGUAGAUCAACCCGUCAAGCAGAGGGCUAGACUCAAGUUGGCGCAGAUACUUUACAAAGAAGCGCGGAGAAGAAGACAAAAAUAUCUAGAAGAACUGCAAAACCAACAGGAAUAAAUGGAACACAAUAGAUUCACACUAGAGCACAUUUUUUGGAGGCACUAGAUUGAUUUCAAAUUCAACCUGAAGUUUAAGUCUUACUCAUUUAUAUUGCAUCUAUGUGACUAUGUACGAUACAUAUUAUAUUUAGUAUGUAUAUAAAUAAUCAGUGUGGACGUUGAAUAAUUAGUUUCUUAGUUCACCAUUAUUUAAAGUAAAAUUUAAAAAUAUAUAUUAUUAAAUAUCUGCACAUCAGUAUUGAAAUACGAUCAUUGUAAACGUGUAGU